AAGAUUUGAAUAACAAUAAUCUUUUUUUUUUCAUAUUCCCCUUUUUGCAAUACAAUUAACGAGAAGAGCUUCAAUCUACCACGGCGAGGGAAAUCCUGGAUGUGUCUUCUAUGUAAUGUUCUACCCUUUGGAAUUCUGCCAGUGUCAUCCUAGCUAGCUAAGCUUGCCUCAUACUGUAGGCACAUCCAAUAAGAUCAGAUCAGAUGAGCUACUUGCCAUCAGAAGAUGCUUGCGAGCCAGGAGAGAGAGACCUGGCUCCCAAGGGCGCAAACAUGUCGUCGACUUCUAAUUCAGCAAAUUGCCCCAAGAAAUCUGACCAAAUCGAAAACUUUAGCAUUUACUCUGGCACCGACUCACUACUGCACCAACCGGCAAAUACAUCUUGUCCCCGCCCCUCACCACCGACGACUUCUCAAUCAUCGACGACAUUAGUACCUCCUCCUGCAGGAGGUAUGAAGACAACCACCGAUGGCAAAGGGGGUCAAUUGCUAUCUAAUCAUGGCCGAGGGAGUGGCAACACCAGUCGAAGUGACAGCUUAGAAAGUUCUAGUGCACCCUUCAAGCCCCAUACUGGCGGUGACAUUCGAUGGGAUGCUAUUAAUUCAAUUUCUUCAAAAGGGUCCCCUCUCGGGCUCAACCAUUUUCGGCUGUUAAAACGACUUGGGUAUGGAGACAUUGGAAGUGUCUAUCUUGUUGAACUCCGACGGACUAACACCUUCUUUGCUAUGAAGGUUAUGGACAAAGGGUCUCUUGCAAGUAGAAAUAAAUUAAUCAGAGCUCAAACAGAAAGGGAGAUUCUUGGUCUACUUGACCACCCAUUCUUACCCACCUUAUAUUCUUACUUUGAGACUGAGAAAUUCUAUUGCUUGGUCAUGGAGUUCUGCAGUGGAGGUAACCUUCACACUCUCAGGCAGAAGCAGCCCAACAAGUAUUUUAGCGAGGAGGCUUCCAGGUUCUAUGCAUCAGAGGUGCUGCUGGCACUUGAAUAUCUGCAUAUGCUAGGAAUCGUUUAUAGGGAUCUAAAACCAGAAAAUGUAUUAGUCAGAGAUGAGGGUCACAUUAUGCUGUCUGAUUUUGACCUUUCACUUCGUUGCUCUGUGAAUCCCACUCUGGUGAAGUCGUCAUCUGUGCAUGCUGCAAACGGCGGUAGUGCCAGUAGUAGUGGCAGUGGCAUUUUGGAUGAUGAGAAUGCUGUGCAGGGGUGCAUACAGCCAUCCACAUUUUUCCCACGCAUCCUUCCUAGCAAAAAGAACCGCAAGUCCAAAUCGGAUUUUGGGCUAUUUGUUGGGGGAGCACUUCCUGAAUUUAUGGCAGAGCCAACCAACGUACGCUCAAUGUCCUUUGUUGGCACUCACGAAUACUUAGCUCCAGAGAUCAUUCGCGGAGAGGGUCAUGGGAGUGCAGUGGACUGGUGGACAUUUGGAAUAUUCUUGUACGAGCUUUUACAUGGGACCACCCCUUUCAAAGGAUCUGGAAAUCGUGCCACUCUGUUUAACGUAGUUGGACAACCUUUAAGAUUUCCGGAAAGUCCACAAGUAAGCUUUGUGGCACGUGAUCUGAUAAGGGGGCUCUUGGUGAAGGAGCCACACAAGAGAAUUGCAUACAAGAGAGGUGCAACAGAAAUAAAACAGCAUCCCUUUUUUGAGGGCGUAAAUUGGGCUUUAGUAAGAAGCGCACUUCCUCCCUACGUACCCGAACCUGUAGACUUCUCACAAUUUGCUACCAAGGAGACAACUCAUUCCACAGACAAGAAGAUGGCUGAAAUCGGAAGCGAUACAGACAUGAAUAGUUCUAGUACCACCGAUUCUUCUUCAUAUAUUGAUUUCGAGUACUUUUAA